GAUUAGACUACACACACUUCGCUCCCAGUCUCAAGCUCGGUGCUUAGGUGCCUUUGCCUUCCUUAACCAAGAAGCAUAUAGAUAGCUACUGAUUGGUGUGUGCCUCCCUGCUCUCAGUGCGAGUAUAAAAGCGCAGGUACCUUCUAGCAGCGCCAUAAAGAGUUAGAACGAGUGGCGCGCCUGAUAGGGAUAGCGGCCAUGGCGGUGCAGAGGAUGGCACUGUACUUUCAGGUGGCGGCGGUGGUGGUGCUUCUGACGGCGACGGGGCUCCGCGCGCAGCUGCGGGUGGGGUUCUACGACAACUCCUGCCCGGCGGCGGAGAUCAUCGUGCAGCAGGAGGUGAGCAAGGCGGUGGGCGCCAACCCGGGCCUCGCCGCCGGCCUGCUCCGGCUCCACUUCCACGACUGCUUCGUCAAGGGGUGCGACGCGUCGGUGCUGAUCGACUCGACCCCCGGCAACACGGCGGAGAAGGACGCCGGGCCCAACACCAGCCUGCGGGGCUUCGAGGUCGUCGACCGCAUCAAGGCGCGCGUCGAGCAGGCCUGCUCCGGCGUCGUCUCCUGCGCGGACAUACUCGCCUUCGCCGCCAGGGACAGCGUUGCGCUGGCCGGCGGGAACGCGUACCAGGUGCCGGCGGGCCGCCGGGACGGCGCCGUGUCGCGCGCGUCGGACACGGGCGGCAACCUGCCGCCGCCGACGGCGAACGUGGCGCAGCUGACGCAGAUCUUCGGCACCAAGGGCCUAACGCAGAAGGACAUGGUGGUGCUCUCGGGCGCGCACACCAUCGGCUCCUCGCACUGCAGCUCCUUCAGCAGCCGGCUGUCGCGGUCGGGCACCACGGCGGGGCAGGACCCCACCAUGGACCCGGCCUACGUGGCGCAGCUGGCGAGGCAGUGCCCGCAGGGAGGGGACCCGCUGGUGCCUAUGGACUACGUCUCCCCCAACGCCUUCGACGAGGGGUUCUACAAGGGCGUCAUGGCCAACCGCGGCCUGCUGUCCUCGGACCAGGCGCUGCUCAGCGACAAGAACACGGCCGUGCAGGUCGUCACCUACGCCAACGACCCGGCCACGUUCCAGAGCGACUUCGCCGCCGCCAUGGUGAAGAUGGGAUCCGUCGGCGUGCUCACCGGAAGCAGCGGCAAGAUCAGGGGCAACUGCAGGGUCGCCUGAUCAUAUCGCUCCUGUGGUGUGGAGUUUGUAGAUUGAUUGAUUGUUUUGGACCGGGACGUGAUAGCAUAGCUUGGUUGUAACUUGUAUGUACGCUAUGUACUUGUGCGUGUAUGGCUGUGCAAGAUCACUGUAUUCUUUGGCUGAUUCACCUGCAUUCUUUUUUUUUUC